UCAUUAGCAAAAAGGUCAACCUAUGUCGUACCUCCUCUGGUUUUUGUAGUCUCAAUUUGGAUCACGUGAAGAAGUUGCGAACACGUGUAGUCUUACUUAUCUUUCCGACAUUUUUUACUGAAGGUUGCUUGGUCGUUUCGUGUCCCAGAGACUUAAAACAAUGCGUUACGUGGCUGCCUAUUUACUUGCCUCUUUGGGCCAAGAAGGAGCUCCCAGUAAAGAGAAGAUUGUUUCAAUCCUCGACAGUGUGGGAAUUGACGUUGAUAAUGAGAAGCUCGGCAAAUUGAUGUCUGAGCUUGAUGGCAAGGACAUUAACGAAGUGAUUGCUGACGGAAUGGGCAAACUUGCCUCAAUGCCAUCAGGAGGAGCUGUAGCUGUGUCCAGUGGUGAUGCCUCAGGAGAUGCUCCAGCUGAGGAGAAAAAGGAAGAAAAGAAGAAGGAAGAAUCUGAGGAUGAGUCUGAUGACGAUAUGGGCUUUGGACUGUUUGAUUAAACUUCUCCCAUUAUUAAUAGCUAUGUGUUUUAUAAUGCAAAAGUUUUAUAAAUGCAAAAUUUAUCAUGAGCAUUGACUGAUGACA